UCCAGGCGCACGGAGCGAUGAAAAACAUCAGGGUCCUUUGACUUGGUACCAGCUGAGGCCCCGAAAUAGAGUGACAAAGAAAUCCUAGUGUCGCAGCCCAAUACUGACACGAUUUGUUGUAAUAAAUCACAUCUGCUUGUACUUGAGGACAGCUCUGGGCCGUGGGUGUGCCGCACCCACACAGAAGACACGCUCCUGAGGAUGCACUGAGUUAUCCGCACCCACCCCUGUAAGACAACCACUGCAAAACAGUAGAAGAUGAGUAAGUCCCCCACCCCUAAAGGCACCCCGGUGCAGCGCAGCCCCAGUGAUGGGGUCCCUGAAGGCUUCCAGUCUCCUCAACAUUCCACACCCAGCUCUGGACCCCAGCAUAAGAAACGCAUCUCCAGUCUCCUCCAGAGUCCGUCAUUCAGGGAGGAGCUGGAUGUGCUGAUCCAGGAACAGAUGAAGAAGGGUGGCAGCUCGUCCAACCUAUGGGCACUGAGACAGCUGGCUGAUUUCAUGGCCUCACAUGGCUCUCCGGCCGCCCUGCCCGUCUCUCCUUCUAACAUGAUGAUGGUGACACCCAUCAAUGACCUGCAGAGCUGGGAGCCUGGCAGCAUGGUGAAGGGGGAGAGGUUGAUGCGCUGCAAGCUGGCCAGUGUCCAUCGCCUGUUUGACCUGUACGGCUGGGCCCAGAUCACCCGCACCUGUCUCACUCUGCGUGUUAGUAAAGAACAGGAACACUUUUUGGUGCUUCCAGAUGGCCUGGCUUACAGUGAGGUGACUGGAUCCAGUCUGGUGAAGGUGAAUAUCCUGGGUGAGCUGGUGGAGAAGGGGAGCACCAACCUGGGCCUGGACACAGAGAAGUUCAGCCUGCACUCAGCAAUCUACUCGGCUCGGCCAGAUGUUCGCUGUCUGCUUCACCUCCACACACCAGCCACUGCUGCAGUUUCAGCAAUGAAGAGCGGCCUCAUGUCACUGUCCCAUGAGGCUCUGUUGGUUGGUGAUGUGGCUUAUUACGACUACAAUGGAGUCAUGGAGCAGGAGGAGGACAGAGUGGAGCUGCAGAAGAGCCUGGGGCCAACUUGUAAGGUUCUGGUGCUGAGGAAUCAUGGCAUUGUGGCUCUGGGGGAGUCUGUGGAGGAGGCUUUCUACACCAUCUACCACAUCCAGGCUGCCUGCCAGAUCCAGGUGUCAGCUUUGUGCUGUUCCGGCGGUGAACAGAACGUGAUUCUGCUGGACCGGACCAUCCAUAAACCCAAUGUAGCCGGCACCGUGGGCUGGGCUGGCUCCACCUUUGGACCCUUGCACAAGAGCCGCAUCGGGGAGCACGAAUUCGAAGCCCUCAUGAGAACUCUGGAUAACUUGGGCUACCGUACAGGCUAUGCCUACCGUUUCCCUGUCCUGCUGGAGCGAUCGCGGACGCGGAGAGAGGUGGAGGUGCCCGCAACCGCAACAGCUUUCCACCAGUUUGAUGACGACGGAGUCCACCCAGCUCUGAGGCAGCACCCGUUUGCUCAGCGCCAGCAGCAGGAGAGGACUCGAUGGCUCAACACCCCCAACACCUACCAAAAAGUCAGCCAGGAGCAAGCCAGCCCGGGGCACCAGCGCACCACUUGGCUUAAGGCAGAAGAGAUGACACAAGCUGGCAGCACAGCCAUCAAGAUAGAGAACCCAAACCAGUUUGUGCCUCUUUUCACCAAUCCUCAAGAAGUGAUUGAGACACGAAACAAGAUCCGACAGCAGAAUCGCCAGGACAUGAAGACAGCAGGACCACAGUCUCAAGUCCUCGCCAGCGUUAUAACAGUCGACGGUCCUCCGUCUCCAGUCAGCCCACCUAAAGCCCCACCAGAGCCAGAACCUCCAAACCCCUUCAACCAGCUGACAGAUCAGGAGCUGGAGGAGUACCGCAAGGAGGUGCAGAGGAAACAGGAUGGAGGGACCAAUGGGGAGGAGGUGGCAAAUGACAAGGAGUCUCCCCCUGCUACCUCCCCCACAAAGGGCCCUCCGCCCAGCCUCCCUCCUCUCUCAGAAGAGGCAAAGACUGACUCUCCAGCCAUACAGAAUGGAGGCGAGGAGGAAAAGCAGACAACAGAGGAACUUGAGAAAGGGAUGAAGGCUCUUUCAACCAACGACACCUCCUCCACACCUGCUGCUCCACCCCCCAAACCACAGGGCGGUACCCCAGAGGGCUCCCCUUCCAAGUCGCCAUCCAAGAAGAAAAAGAAGUUCAAGCCGCCAUCAUUCCUGAAAAAGAGCAAGAAGCAGAAGGAGAAAGCAGAGACCUGAAGCAUUCAGACACACCUGACCUCGGUGAAAUAUUACUGUGAAACGCUUUUUAGUGUAUGAUGGAGUAGCAGAUGAGUUAACCACAUCAGAUCUAUUCAAACACUCAGUUAAUAUGUCAUUCACAGACACGGUGUGUUAAAUUGAUUACAAAUACUGUACCGUAACACUGGUACUCACUGAUUUGAUUGAAGUGGUGAUUCAUCUUCAGCACGUUAAAAAAACACUGAUAAUUAUUUUCACAUACUAUUUGACCCAGGUCAGAUACGACCCAACAUUUUGACGCUUCUUGUCACACACACAGAGUCCCUGUAUUACUCACGUCUUAUUUUCACCUGCUGUGCUACCAAACCAUUACUUAACUUCACUGUAUAGACAUUCAAACAUGUUCCUUUCUAAAACUGGGAUGACGAGUUUGAUCUUGUGCACUUAGAUCAGAAUUUGUUUCAUACCAUUUUUUUAAUCCACUACUUUGCAAGACAUGGUGGAAAAGUCCCCUUUAAUUAUGCACCCCUUAUCCAUGUAUAGGCACUUGACAUAUGUAUAUUGAUAUUCUAGUACGUUGCAUUUGUUUAUCAUCACAAGCAUCUUCUAGUCAUGAUUUGGUUCUAAUUAUCAGAUAGAUGUUGCAGGUAUACUGUGUGAGCACAGGUGCAGUACAUGUAGAAAUAUACUGAUAGCUACUGAUUGUGCUCUUCUGAAUGCUGGUUUUGUGUAAAACUAUCAGCCUAUUGACGUUAUUACAGCAGGGAAGAAAGCAGGGAAAAUAAUGCUGGCUCGCAACAAAACACAAGUCGCUAUAAAUGCCUCUACGCCCCAAAACAAGAUAAAGCAUAAAGAAGUUGUUGCUUGCCAAUGCAGUUUGAAACCCAGUAAUAGAAGAUACUGAAGGUACUAAACAUUCCACUUUUCUCAUUUUCUUUUUAAUGUAUGUGUGUGUGCAAAAUACCUCUUAGCAGUUGUAAUUACUUUCUGUUUUAACCAGUAGCUGUUAUCAAAAUGCUGAUGUGUGAUGUUUGCUCAUGGUUUUAAUUUAUUUUAUAUUAGAAUGUAUAAGUGAGUGUUGCAAGGUUACCAUGUAUCAGUCAUUAAAGAUCAAAUUUGA